AUGGAACAAUAUGAGCCAUCAAGCCCGGUCUACUCUCGCUCGAAAGCGCGUAAGGAAGGGUCAAUCAAGCAACCCGCAAGCAGGAAGCGUCGACGCGACAUCCACAGGGAUCUGCUUCAAAACAUGGCAUCCAGCAGCGGGCCACGCCUUGAAAAGAUGCAGCCCGGGCUCUUGGAAGCGACGUCACAGGAUGACGAGGAUGGAAGGAAGAUUGAGCUUGACAGCGCCCCUGAUGCGGCGGAAGACAGCUUUGAAGAGGGAUCCCUUCGCUCGCCUGGUGCCCAGCCCGAUGCGAACGCGCGCAUGGCCGACCCCAUGAACGAGGUGGAGAGCGGCGCGGCCAAUGGGGGCCAUACGAGCGCAAGGCCCACAAAUUCUGAGAUGGGCGGCACUAGUGCAGAGGAAGGUGUUUGCUCGCACGAUGCAAGUGCGCGCGCCGCCGACCCUAUGGACGAGACGGAGGGCAACGCUGCCAACAGUGUGCAGUCGAGUCUCGCCCCAUUGAGGAUUGGAGGUAAAGGCGGUUCGGCAAAGGAAGGGGGUGGCUCGCCUGGUGCAAGCGCGCACAUGGAAGGUUGCGUGCAUGAUGUGGAGGGUGGCACUGCCGAUGGUGCACAAACGAGCGGGAUGGCAAAAGAAGGGGGCGAUUCGCCUGGUGCAAAUGCGUGCAUGGACAAGAACGCCGGAGCUAGCGAUGCGGAGUCGAGCGUGGACUCGUCCUGCAAUCCGGGGGCCGGGGGGAGCUCCGAGCCGGCGCCUCCUUUCGAGGAACCGGACCUGGCGGACCCCGAGCUUCGGUCGGAGGUGGUGCGCGAGCUCGAGAAGCUGCUGUCGACCUGGGGCGACAACACCUCGAUCUUCUGCGCCGCCAAGCCGUCCGCCACGGGCCCUGGAGUCAUCUACGAGUUCCAGAACGCGCCUGGCGGGCGCGUGACGUGCCCCUACUUUCCGGCAUCUCGUGCGAGGGUGCACGACAGCACCAACUUCGGGCUCCUGCGGCGGGGGUCCGAGGUGACUUACAUCUGCCACGGGGAGAGCUGCAAGGCCACCCCGCGGCCGGGCAACUUCCGCCUGGGCGUUCUCCCCCUGCCGAUCGCCGCGGCCUUUGGCGACAGCCAGCCUCUGAACAGCGAGAGGGACCACCUGUACUCCGACCGGCAGCUGCUGCCGCUGGCCUUCCUUCAAGAGAACCUGAACGUCAAGAAAGGAGAUGUUGGUGGCGCCAUCAUCCUGGAGCGCCUCUACGUGCGGACGGGCCUGAAGUUCGCCUUCUGCUCCUCAGGCUCGUACUACUGGACGGGUCGCUGCUGGGCCAAGGAUGAGAGCGGCGGCCGGAUUCUGCGGGUGCUCCGCGAGGAGCUCUCCAAGAUUGAGGCCGCAUACAUGCGAGAGGCGGGGCUUGGGGUGGGAGGCGGUCGGUCGCCUGUCUUGGCUGACGGUCCAGAGAGCGAUGAUGAGAACGGCGAGGCACGGAAGGGGGCCGGAGCGUCGGGGGAUGGGAAAGGAGCGAAGAAAGGCAAGAAGGAGAAGCUCAUCAACGUCAACUUCAACUCAAAGAUGUCCAACAUCUUGAGCACGUGCAAGGACUACUUCUAUCAAAAGGACUUCCAGUCGCUGCUCGACGUGCAGAAGGACUUCAGGGCCGCGGCGAACGCCGUUGUCGAUCUGCGGACGGGCGAGCUGCUCGCGCAUCAUCCCCGGUUCAUGAACAGCAAGGUGAUCGACUGGCCCUACCCUCGCGCUGGACUCGCGUACCCGAGGGGCGCAGUGGUGCGCUUCUUGGAGGACAUCAUGCACGUCACUGGCGAGGAUGGGGGGGCCGCUCUGGAGCACCUCCAGGUGCUGCUUGGUUACGGGCUGACCGGUCACACGAGCAAUCAGGGCAGCGCUGGGAAGAGCCUCCUCCUCGAUCUGCUGCGCAAGCUGCUCGGGCCUUCCUACCGGGACGUGCGCAAGGAGAUCUUGGUGAACGCCAAGGGGCAGAGGGCUGCCCACAAGGGAGCCGCUUCGCCGCUUGAGGCUGGGCUUGCUGGGGCGCUGCUCGCUGUGGUCGAAGAGACGGAUAAGUCCGACACGCUCAACGAAGCCGGCAUGAAGAAGCUGACGGGCAGCGAUGUCAUUACGGCGCGGCCCCUCUUCAAGGACUUCAUCACCUUCACCGCGACCGUCCUGCUCAUUAUGUGCACCAACUACCUUCCGAAGACGGACAAGACCUGGUCCGUUGCCCUCCGGCGCCGCCUUCAGCUGGUCUGCUUCGUGCGGCGCUACUUCUCGCCGCACGAGAAGGGAUACGACCCCACCAACCCGUUGCACGGGUUGGUGGACACGCGCCUCCUUACCAAGCUGAGCACCCUGCAGAACAUGCAGGAGUUGCUUGCGUGGCUGGUCGCAGGAGCGGUCAAGUGGUACCAGAACGGGCAGCAGCUGUACCCCAUGCCGAGGCGGAGCAUGGACGCUCUGCAGGACUACGAAAAGGCGGCUGACGACUUCGACAACUUCGUCCUCAACAGCUGUAUCAAGGGCGAUGACCUCUUCAUCUCAACGAGCGAUGCCCUCAAGGCGUACAACGACCCGCAGAGGAUGGUGGGUGGCAAGUGCGUCGGCCAUAUCCCCUCGCUCGACACCAAGUCCUUGAAGUCGGCGAUGAACAACCACGGCUUCUCGGGACCGGACAAGCCCAGCAAACUUGGCCUUGGCGUAAAGUAUUGCGGCGUAACGGAGCGAGGGUAUAAGGGUCUUUCGCUGAAAGCCCCAGAGAUUAAGAUGGAGUAA